AACCUUGCUGAGGAUCCUGACGACUCAAUCCACGUGGAGGCGGUCCAUCAAACUCAUGUCCUUUAUUUUUAAAAUCACUCAACACACAAAAAUAAUCAAAAAUCGUUAAAAAAGAAUCGUUGCCAACUCAAAAAGUAAAAUCAAUAGAAUAGGAGACUAGUAUGAUAUUAUAGUAGACAUGAUUCAUAUUAUGUUAGAGUAAUGUCUUCGUGUGACGUCAUCAGCUAGUUCUGUUCUUAUCAUCUAAAAAAAUAUAUUGGAAUGACUAUAGGCAAAUAUGUGACAGGAAAGUUCUCUCACGAACUGCUUCUAUCAUCUAAGUUAUCAGAAUCUAAAGUUCGUUUUGACUUCUCUUUAAGUUUAUUAAAAUAUCACACCUCGCUGCGACAUGUCGGCUUUAGUCUUUGAUGUAGCUGAUCUCGUAAAAGUUUUGUUAUAACUGGAGCUACGACCAUACAAUAUCGUAUUAGAAAUACGAAAUCCAAGGAUUAUUUCUGUUCCUUCAGGCACUAGGACUAGCUUAAAAUAUAUGUUUCACCGAAAGAAUCGUUUUGUUUUAAAGUUCUUUUGUUAAAUACAAUAGUUACAGAUGUUUUCAACAAUCGUGCCCGGCAUUAGGAUUGUCCUUGCGGCGCCGGACGCGCGCCGCGAUACUGCGCCCACGCCUCGGCGCUUACAGACACCGACAACAUUUUAUACGCCGCUCAGAGACAUUACACAGUGGCGUUGUAUAUUAUAUUAAUCAUCUUGUUCGUCUUUAGGAGGCACUUUAUUGCCUUAAUGUUUAUAUCAUACUAGCGCAGCAUGGUCAUUAUUCCAAGCUCUGUGCCGGUACCUGUUGUUAAACAAUAUAACUUCGCCAUAUAAGUGUGUAACUUCUGCAUGGAACCGACGGCUCGAGGCAGUGUCCUCCGGCAUCCAGACUUUAAAAUGUUUUCCGAACACAAGUUCAUCACGAUCAUCUUCCUUCUGUACGGUGUAAGGUUGGCAAGUGGCGAUUGCAACAACGUGACCCAGCUGUCGACACAGCUUGACCUGCUCCUGGCGGAGUACGAGCGAGCAGCUCCCCCGGCCGCCCCCGCAGACGUAGCGGCGGCCCUGGAAGUGCGACACGCCACCGUCAACGAGAGAGACGCUACCGUCAGGCUGCUCGGCACCAUGUACCUGAGCUGGGAGGACAAGCGUCUAUCUUGGAACGCGAGCGGUUGGGGCUGCGAUAGCACGUUAGUAUCAGCGGAGCGUCUGUGGCGGCCCGAGGUGCGCGUGCUGAGCGCGGCCACGGCGGGAGUAGACGGCGGCGCGGGGCCCCGGGCUCGCCUCACCAGCACCGGCCUCGUGUCUUGGCCUGUGCCAGUGGACCUGCUGGCUCCCCUCACGCUCACUCUCAGAGACUGGCCGAACGACAACCAGCAGAUCGUGUUCAAAUUCGGUUCACAGUCACACACCGUGGAAGAGUUGAAACUGACCGUCAGCAAAAAAGAGCGGUCGACCGUAUUUGAGUCUGGAACGUGGGAGCUGAUGUCGAUCCAGAGCGCCGAGGCGAGCUGGCGCCGGCUGGACUCCGAGCACAGCAUCUUAUCGUGGACAUUGAGGCUCCGGCGGCGGGCGGCAGCUCACAGUCUGUCAGCCAGCGCCAUCCUCGCCACUGCCGUGUUGCUGCUGGUCGGAGCCGCCCUGCUACCGCCGGAGACACGCGCUCCACUUUGUGCCAUAGCCGCUUUAACUGUCUCAUUAUGGUUAAUCUCCAGCCUCCCUCGCCUGGGAAGUGCGUCAUCGGCUCCGCUAGUCAUGAGUCUGUUCUGUGUCGUGAGCUGCGUGUCCUCGCUGGCGGCGGGGGGCGCAGCGCUAGUGCUCCGCGUGAGCCGCUGCUCCGCUGCUCCACCACCAGCCCUGCGCAAGUUACUCACCACCGCCUCGACCUUCUGCAAUCUUGGUCCUUCAGAGUCGAGCGGUGCGGAGUACAGCGCGUGGGCGGCGGCGGCCCAGCUGCUCGACUAUGGACUCCUGACUUCGUUCGGGCUGACGCUCAUAGUGGUAGUGUGUCUCUACCUCUAGGAUAUGACUCGGAAGGUCCGAGAGGGAGAGAAAAGUCCACAAGGAACCAUUUAGGAGGAACUGAAAUGUUCCCGGUCUAUAGUAUAACGCUAGAUAUAUUUUAAACACAAUAAGUAAUGAACUGUAUAUAUUUUAUUCGAGUGACAUGAAUAUAAUGGGAUAUUAAAAAGACUAUUGUAAUUAAUUUAAAA